AUGGCUGGUCGGAGGACAAAGCUGCAUUUGCUGGGCAUUUUUCUGUUGACGUUAGCAAGCUUGAAACAACAUUGUGUUGAUGGAGAAUCAAAAGUGCCUUGUUAUUUCAUUUUUGGAGACUCCUUGGUGGAUAGUGGAAAUAAUAACAAUCUACCGACCCUCGCUAAAGUAAAUUACUUGCCGUACGGGAUUGACUUCCCGGAGGGUCCAACCGGAAGGUUUUGCAAUGGUCGAACUGCUGAUGUGAUUGAUCGAGGAACAAAACUCACAGAUACUGAAUUCAUCUCUGCUAUUAGAGAUUUACAAUCAUCAACAAGGGACCCAAAACUAGAAAAAUCAGAAAUUGAAGAAGAAAGCAAAGCCUUCACUACCAAUUUGUAUAAAUCUGGAGCAAGAAAGGUGGCCUUGAGUGGAAUUGGUCCUAUAGGCUGCACACCAGGAGCUGUUGCUUCCUCAGACACAAAUGGGUCCUUAUGCGUGGACUGGAUGAACAAGGCAAUAAAUCUCUUCAACAACCGGCUUGAACUACUCGUAAAUCAGCUCAACAGCGAGCUGAUUGGGGCACAAUUUAUCUACUUGAACACUUAUGGAAUCGUGUCAGAAUAUAUCGCUUCUCCUGCUUCACAGAUUAAAAUAGACGGGUGCUGUAAGGUAAAUGUGUCUGCUCUCCAUGUGAAGAUAGGAAUUUGCACUUCUUCUGGGAUGCUUUUCACCCAAGUGAAAUUGCAAACAAGGUCAUUGGAGGACUAUCGUAUAUAG